UGUUAAAGGUCAGCCUUGGAUUCAGGGGAUAAAAGGGCUUAAAGGUGAGAUCUGCAUCUGUGUUAGCCUCCCAUUGCUACAGACAGAGGCAGCCAGUCCAGCAGGAUGAUCCUCACUUUCUCCCUGGGCCUCUUGUUUCUAGUGCACGGUUCCUGGAGUACAUCUCCCCCACCUCAAGUCCAUCAGACUCAUCCUCUCCUCCUGGAGCCCAGCUGCAAUAACUCCCGAGUGUUGUCUGUGGCGGGCCUUGCUUUGGAAAAGAUCAAUGAGGACCGGAAGGAAGGCUACAUCUUUAUCCUCAAUCGAGUGGCUGAUGUCCUAGAACAUCAUCAGACAGAUUCAGGCUCCAUGUACUACCUCACCCUUGAUGUGUUAGAAACAAAUUGUCACGUGCUUAGCAAGAAACACUGGAAGGAUUGUAAGAUGGGGCUGCCGCACUAUUCAGUUUAUGGCCAGUGUAAAGCCAUAUUUUAUGUUAACUUGCCAAGAAGAAUUCUCUACUUACCUGCCUAUAAUUGCACCAUUCGUCCAGUUUCUAGAGAAAAGAUAUUCAGACUGUGCCCCAAUUGCCCUGGGUUCGUUUCCAACAACAUCUCAGAUCCAUGGAUUUUUCAAACUGUUAGUGAAUUCCUGGAAAAUCUCAACAAGGAGAUUGCAGUGGGGAAGAAAUUUCAUCUCUUCAAAGUCAUCAGAGUUCGUGGGCAGUUGUUAAUCGCCCCUACCUACUUCAUGGAAUUCUUAGUCACCGAAUCGCCCUGCACUGAGGCACUGCCUGAACAAUGUCUGCAGCCACCUGCUGAUGCCCAGCCCAUAGGGAUUUGCGUACUUACUCUAAGGGGCAACCGCAUCAAAAAAUAUGUCCCUGGGAUGUGUGAAUUCUUCCAAAGCCAGCCAACCUCAGCCCCUGAGAGCCAUUCUCCAGAGCACCAGAUUCCACAGAAAUUGGCCUCCUCCAUGGAUGCACCCCCACUGGAGGGGCCGAAAGGAUCUGUCCAGUUUUUGCCUGACCCAUUUGUAGGGAAGAUUGAAGACGACAAGGAAAAGAAACCCAUCGUGACCUUCCCUGCACAUGUCAGCUUGACUACAGAAUCCCUGGGAGAGGUCCUACACCUACCAUCCCAUUUCCUGUUGGAAAAAGAGGAGCUGCCCAUUGUGCUUCCUUUCCCAGAAGGAUCAAGCUCAAAUGAGUGUCCAGGACCUGCUGAGUACACUAAUUCUCUGAUUAUUCUACCAUGAAAGUCAAUCUCUCUGUCUCUCUGCCUCUGCCUCUGUCUCUGUCUCUGUCUGUGUCUCUGUCUCUGUUUCUCUGUCUCUCUGUUUUUGUCUCUCUGUCUCUGUCUCUGCCCGCCCCCCCCCCCUCUCUCUCACACACACACACACUCAGACACACACACCUCGUGUCAUGCUUGGGAUAGUGAAAUGGAGGGAAAAGAGAGAGUAUCUGGUAUUCCACAACUCCAUGCUGAGUAUAAUAAAGUUUUUCCUUUUUUGUCCUCCCUUUAA